UGACGGUGAGGCGAUCGAGCGCUCCGCGUCUCAUUUUGAUUAAAGCCCGAAUCCCUUCAGUCUGAAGGCUGGGCGCAAGGAAAGGAGGAUCGAAGGGGGCCCGGCGAGACAAAAUACCCCUCACCUAUGGCUGUUUAGAGCAGAUCGGGCACAUUUGGGAUUGUAGAAGGGACAUCAUUUUCAAAUAAACAGAGGUCGCCUUGUGCACAUUUGUGGGCGCCCGACCAUGGAGAGGCCAAGGUGGUCCCCAAUGUGGAAAACGAAAAGGUGGCUUUUGGAUUCCACUGUUUUCAAAUUCAUCACAGUUUCCCUCGUCCUGGUUCUGCAGGCUUCAAAUGUCAGAGCAGCAGAACCUGUGGAUGUCCUAAAAGUAUUAGAAAUUCCCACUGUCCCAGAAGGAGUACAGAAAACUUCAGGAUUUUGCACAAACCGAAGAGCAUCACAGCCGGACACAGCCUACAAAAUAGGCAAGAAUGCCCAGAUCAGUGCCCCAACCAAGCAGCUUUUCCCAGAUAGUGUGUUUCCUGAAGACUUUUCCAUCCUAACCACCAUCAAGCCCAAAGCUGGAAUCCAGUCCUUCCUUUUGUCCAUCUACAACGAGAAAGGCGUCCAGCAACUAGGCGUGGAGGUGGGCCGCUCACCUGUCUUCCUGUACGAGGAUCAGACAGGCAAACCUGCCCCGGAGGAUUACCCCCUGUUCCGCUCCCUCAACCUAGCCGAUGGAAAGUGGCAUCGUGUAGGCAUCAGUGUUGAGAAAAAAACUGUUACCAUCGUUGUUGACUGCAAGAAGAAGCUUACAAAGACUUUGGGCAGGAGUGACCAUGCUGGUAUUGACACCAAUGGUAUAACCGUUUUUGGCACCAGGAUCCUUGAUGACGAAGCGUUUGAGGGUGAUAUCCAACAACUGCUGAUUGUGGCCGACCCUAAAGCAGCUUACGACUACUGUGAAAACUACAGCCCAGACUGUGACGUCCCCCACAAGGACACACUGCAAGCACAGGAGCCCGGAGAGGAGUACACAACUGCUGUUGAAUACGGUGAUUUAUAUGAUUAUUAUGAGGGAGCGACCCCCACAGCGACAGAUGAAUAUUCUGAGCCGCAGCCUAACAAUGUAGAUGGGGAGUACUAUACAGACAGUGAACUUGACUACGGAACAGUAGAUGCUUCCAAAACUCAGUCUCCUGUCGCAACCACUGGACCAAACCAGGCUGUGGAAGAGGACGUUUUCAGUGACUAUGUCACUGAGACACCCCAGGCUGGUCUGGAUCCAACCGCUGCCCCAGAGGCCGCGCUGCCCAGCAGCACUGCCGACUCCAUUGGAGUGGACGCGUAUGACUUUAAGGAGUAUGAUCUUAAGGAAUAUGAUGUGACUGGGCUUGACAAAAAUCAAUAUGAGUAUGGGGCGUACGAUGAGUUUGGCAAUGUGGCUCCAAACCCUACAUCCGCUUACGAGGACAGUUUUGGGCCAGGGGUUGCCGCAGAAAAAGAUAUCGCUGAAACAGAAGUGACGUUGGACUUGGGUGGCGGUGCUGUUCUGGGUCAGAAGGGAGAAAAAGGAGAACCUGCAGUGAUUGAGCCGGGAAUGCUGAUUGAAGGACCUGCUGGACUACCUGGACCUGCUGGUCUUCCAGGCCCUCCAGGUUUACAAGGCCCCCCUGGUUCAGCCGGAGAUUCUGGUGACAGGGGUCCGCCCGGCCGUGCUGGUCUUGGUCUACCAGGUUCUCCUGGACUGAAAGGAGAGAGUGGAGACCAUGGUCCUCAGGGUCCGAGGGGUAUCCAAGGCCCACCAGGGCAAAUGGGAAAACUUGGCAAGAGAGGUCGUGCUGGAACCGAUGGGGCCCGUGGAAUGCCUGGAGAAUCUGGAUCUAAGGGUGACAGAGGUUUUGAUGGGCUUCCAGGUCUGCCCGGUGAGAAGGGACACAGGGGUGAGAACGGUCCUCUUGGUCCCCCUGGACCUCACGGAGAGGACGGACCAAGGGGAGAAGAUGGAGAGAUUGGACCAAGAGGACUUGCUGGUGAAAGUGGGCCACGAGGUCUGCUCGGCCCUAGAGGCCCUCCUGGAGUUCCUGGACAACCUGGCAUUGCUGGUGUUGAUGGUCCACAGGGUCCCAAAGGAAACAUGGGACCCCAGGGAGAGCCGGGCCCUCCUGGUCAACAGGGAAUCACAGGAACACAGGGUCUUCCAGGUCCACAGGGCCCCAUCGGACCGCCUGGAGAAAAAGGUCCUCAUGGAAGGUCUGGUUUGCCUGGAUUGCCUGGUGCAGAUGGACCUUCUGGUCAUCCUGGUAAAGAGGGUCCACCUGGAGAGAAAGGAGCUUUGGGCCAGACCGGUCCCCAAGGCCCCAUCGGCUAUCCUGGUCCUCGCGGUGUGAAGGGUGCUGAUGGCGUCCGUGGACUGAAAGGAGGCAAAGGAGAGAAGGGCGAGGAUGGUUUCCCGGGUUUCAAGGGAGACAUGGGUCUCAAAGGCGACAGGGGUGAAUUUGGAUUGGCUGGACCCAGAGGUGAGGAUGGACCAGAGGGCCCGAAGGGUCGUGCGGGUCCCAACGGUGAAUCUGGACCCCUGGGACCUGCUGGAGAAAAGGGCAAACUUGGUGUUCCGGGAUUGCCCGGCUAUCCAGGACGUCAAGGGCCAAAGGGUUCUAACGGUUUCCCCGGAUUCCCAGGAGCCAACGGAGAGAAAGGAGCCAGGGGAGUGGCAGGGAAAUCUGGUCCAAGAGGUCAAAGAGGUCCGACGGGUCCCCGUGGUGCACGCGGUGCCAGAGGCCCAACAGGAAAGCCAGGCCCUAAGGGAACAGCAGGCAACGACGGUCCACCUGGCCCACCCGGUGAGAGAGGACCUCAAGGGCCCCAGGGUCCCGUUGGUUUCCCAGGACCGAAGGGCCCCCCUGGACCACCUGGGAAGGAUGGGCUGCCUGGUCACCCUGGCCAGCGGGGAGAAACUGGUUUCCAAGGCAAAACUGGCCCACCAGGACCUGGAGGUGUUGUCGGACCACAGGGUCCAACAGGAGAAACCGGUCCUAUUGGUGAGAGAGGACAUCCUGGACCCCCUGGUCCCCCCGGAGAGCAGGGUCUCCCAGGUGCUGGUGGAAAAGAAGGUGCAAAGGGAGAUCCAGGUCCUCUGGGCAGUCCAGGAAAAGACGGUCCUCCAGGACUGAGAGGGUUCCCAGGAGAGAGAGGUCUUCCUGGAGUUACGGGUCCACCUGGUUUGAAAGGAGCCGAAGGCCCUCAGGGCCCCCCUGGUCCGGUUGGUUCCCCUGGUGAGAGAGGAGCAGCAGGACCUGCUGGCCCCAUUGGGUUGUCUGGACGUACUGGACCCCAGGGACCCCCGGGACCUGCUGGAGAGAAGGGUGCACCGGGUGAGAGAGGUCCUCCAGGUCCAGCCGGUCGGGAUGGAGUACAAGGUCCAGUUGGUCUGCCGGGGCCAGCAGGACCUCAGGGUCCACCUGGAGAAGAUGGUGACAAGGGAGAGGUGGGCGAACCAGGCCAGAAGGGAAGCAAAGCCGACAAAGGUGAACAGGGUCCACCAGGUCCACCUGGUCUUCAGGGAACUAUUGGAGCUCCUGGACCUGCUGGAGCUGAUGGUGAACCAGGUCCUCGUGGACAGCAGGGUAUGUUUGGACAGAAGGGAGAUGAAGGAUCCCGAGGCUUUCCUGGACCUCCCGGUCCCAUCGGUCUGCAGGGUCUUCCUGGACCACCUGGUGAGAAAGGAGAAAAUGGAGACGUUGGUCCUAUGGGUCCCCCUGGCCCACCUGGUCCCAGAGGUCCUCAAGGUCCUGCUGGUGCUGAUGGUCCACAAGGUCCUCCUGGUGGAAUAGGAGGAAUGGGAUCUGUGGGUGAGAAGGGUGAGCAAGGAGAAGCUGGAAACCCUGGACCUCCUGGCGAGCCUGGACCUGGGGGCCCAAAAGGUGAGAGAGGAGAUAAAGGUGAAGCUGGUCCCCCUGGUGCUGCUGGACCUGCAGGUCCCAAAGGACCCCCUGGAGAUGAUGGACCCAAGGGUAAUCCUGGCCCUGUUGGUUUUCCUGGAGACCCAGGUCCACCCGGUGAGCCAGGUGUUGCUGGAAUAGAUGGAGGCCCAGGAGAAAAAGGCGAGGAUGGAGAGUCUGGUCAACCUGGACCCCCGGGGGCUUCUGGAGCUGAAGGUAGACAAGGAGAGAAGGGCGCCAAGGGUGAGGCAGGAGCUGAGGGUCCACCAGGUAAAACUGGACCAGUUGGCCCUCAAGGCCCUCCUGGAAAGCCUGGUCCUGAGGGUCUACGUGGAAUCCCUGGUCCUGUGGGUGAACAAGGACUUCCUGGUGCUCCUGGACAAGACGGCCCACCUGGACCAAUGGGACCUCCUGGUCUCCCCGGCCUGAAAGGAGACCCUGGCUCUAAGGGUGAGAAGGGUCACCCCGGUCUUAUUGGUCUCAUUGGACCCCCCGGUGAGCAGGGAGAGAAGGGAGAUCGGGGUUUGCCUGGUCCUCAGGGCGCUGCUGGCAGCAAGGGUGAUAAUGGUAUCAGUGGUGCUUCUGGUCCGAUUGGUCCGUCUGGUCCUCCUGGAUUGCCUGGUCCACAAGGGCCAAAGGGAUCCAAGGGUUCGUCUGGUCCCGCUGGUCAAAAGGGAGACACCGGCUCGGCCGGACCACCUGGUCCUCCUGGUCCUCCUGGUGAGAUCAUCCAGCCUCUGCCUAUCCAGAUGCCCAAGAAGUCCCGUCGCUCCAUCGACAUGCAAGCGGACGAGGCCGGCACCAUGCUGGACUACGGAGGGGGCAUGGAAGACAUCUUCAGCUCCUUGAAUAACCUCAAACAGGACAUCGAGCGCAUGAAGUACCCCAUGGGCACGCAAAACAACCCCACACGAAGCUGUAAAGACCUACAGCUUGCUCACCCAGAAUUCUCAGAUGGUGAAUACUACAUCGAUCCCAACCAGGGAUGCCCCGGGGACUCCUUCAAAGUGUACUGCAACUUCACAGCAGGAGGCGAGACCUGCAUCUUCCCUGAUAAAAAGUCAAAUGGAGUGAGGAUAUCUUCAUGGCCCAAAGAGGUUCCUGGCUCCUGGUACAGUGAAUUUAAGCGUGGCAAAAUACUUUCAUACGUGGAUGCAGAAGGCAACUCAAUAAACAUGGUCCAAAUGACGUUUCUCAAACUACUGACAGCCUCCGCCAGGCAAAACUUGACCUACAGCUGCCACCAGUCGGUCGCCUGGCACGAUGCCACUACGGACAGCUAUGACAGAGCACUACGCUUCCUCGGCUCCAAUGACGAGGAGAUCUCAUAUGACAACAACCCCUUCAUCAAGGCCCUGUCAGAUGGCUGUGCAGUGAGGAAGGGCUACGGAAAGACAGUACUGGAGAUUAACACUCCCAAGAUCGAUCAGGUUCCGAUCAUCGACGUGAUGUUCACUGACUUUGGGGAUCCCAAUCAGAAAUUUGGAUUCGAAGUUGGUCCAGUCUGCUUCCUUGGCUAAAAAACACAGACAAAGAAAAAAAAAAACAAUAACUUGGCAGGGUAGGAUGGGUUAGCGCACGAGUCAAGACUUUUUUUCUUGAUCUCAUCAAACCAUCAAGCCCCUGUUCCUGCCACAUGCAAGUUUUGAAUAAAAAAAUGGGGUAGCGAACACGUCUUACCUUGUAUGUAUGUAUUACCCAGGAAAAUACUUGUUGCCCUUGUAGGGCAAGGCUCACAUGACAUGAAACCUGUUAUGGAACGAAAAGGUGAAGGACAACGUCAAGCCAAGGCAAUCGGUGAACCUGGGAGGUCCACGAGACGGAGAAAGGGAGGACCUCUCAUCCGGAGUCUAUCGGUGCAGUGCGAAAAA